CAGGGGAGGCGGUUUGUCCUUUUGUGGGGUUUCUCUUGAUUAACCCCAUAAAAGCUUCGUCCUGUCCCUGCGUGCCUGUCUUCCAAAAGCACGAAGCCGAACUCUUCCUUAGCUGCCCACUCCCCCAUUUCAGAGAAAUAAAGCUGCGGUGACACAGACCGCAGCCUGUAGCCUCCCCUCAGGAAUCUGUGCCUGUGUGGUGCUGAGGCAGCUGCUCCUCACCGCCUCAUGGGCGAACACACACAGCCUCUUCUGCCCUCGUCGAACAAUGCCUUAGCAGGGACUGCUACCUUCCAGAGAUGGAAUGACUUUCCAAAUUAAUAGACUGUGUGACAGCAUGUAAGGGUGCACAAGGCCACUGCUGAGGCAUGGUGGUACAGGUUUGAUGCAGUAAUGAGAUAAUUCUUUGUUUAAUUCUGCAUGGAAAUAUGGCCUGUGUGGCUGUGUGCUUUGCCUGUCUGCCAGUUCUCACCCUGGCUGGCUUUAAAUGACUGAGCUAAUUUGAACUAAACUUGACUAAAGGAUAGGGUUUUCAAAGGUACCAGUUGUUCCAGCUGUGUAAAAAUUAUUAGCUAGGUGUAGAGUAGCGUGCCCCAAGGAAUCUGUUUUCCAGGUCUGUUUGUGGCCAGGCCACACAUGCUGAACUGCCUGAGGAUAGCAGUGUCUAAAACUUAAGGUAUCCCUGGGGAACAUGCAGACAGAUCACAUCUGGGCCCUCUGAACUCAGAAAUGAAACUAAAAUGUGCCAUCACAGUAGCCCUAAAAUAGAUAUUCCCCAUCUGUACUGCAGAGUUCUUGGAAGCCUUCUUCUAUAGAAUCUAAAGCUCAACAUGUUUCACAGUCCAUGCGUUUUAUCUUCAGUAUAUUCAGUUGAAUCAUCCCCAUCUAUGCCAACAUAAGAGCAAAAUGUGGCUUUCUGCAGCUUAAUGUAACAAGAAGUAAAAAGGAAAGUCAUAAUAAGAAAAGGAAACGAAUAGAUGUUAUUUUGCGUAAAGUCUGCACUAAGUUAAAAGCUAAAACAGGAAGGAAGUUACCACCACUGUGCUAGAUGGUAGCGCUUCAGUGACAUGUGCUUGCUUUUGAGAAAACCAGCAAUCUUCAAAUUAGUAUUAGGAAUAAUUACCGUGUUUAUAUUGUGUUUACCUGAAUUUUUCAAAAUACAUGAAGCUAACACUGUAAUUGUGUCAUGCAUGGAUACCUGUUCAUCGAAUAACACCACUUUUCCCCUUUGCACUUUUAACAAUUCUUGCAAAAGAGCAGUGCAACAAAGAAGAGAAAACCAGAAUAUUUUGCUGAAGGCCAUUAUAAAUAAUUCUGAUUUCCAAAAUAUUCCAUGUAUUUGCCAGUCCUCCGGGAGGGAACAACAGUCCCAUACUAAACGCACAGAAUGUGAAUCCAAGAGGGAUGUGAAUGCUGAUCAUCAAGGAUCAGAGUCAGUAGCUAAAAAAAUUUCCAAUAAAGAAGUAGAGCAUAAUACUUAUUACCUGAUGAUAAUACACAUCAACAAUUCUAUAGUCGGAGGAGGAAAUGCAGCCGAAGAACACCUAAAUCGUUCUUGUCUAAUGGCAAUGAUGGAAGACCAAAAUGACUGUAUGAAUAUUUCACUGCAACUGAAGUCUUAUGUGGAAUAUCCAAUGUGUAUGACGAAGAUCAUUUGGCUCACUAUGAUUGCAGUAGUUUUUGUGCUUACUAUCUCAACUGUCAUCUACAAAAUAAUCCAAGAAAAUAAAAACAUCUAUUAUAAACACAGAGUAGCAAUAUCAGUUUCUACUAUUCUAAGAAGAAAGAGUUCCAGACAUUCAAGAAGAACCAUAUCUGCUACUAAAAUUCAUCCUUAUCCUGUGAAAACUAGCAAACAACAGAUUCCACUUACUGCACAGACCACAAAGACACUGCCUGUAAUUCCUGAACAAGAGCAUUGUCAUGUGGAUCAACUCUAGAUUUAGAAGGUAAGUAAACAUCUUACAACUCUGAUUACUCUGUUUUGCCUUGUAUUUUUGGAAGUAAUAGUAGGCAAUAUCUGCUCAAAAUAAAUUACUACUUUGUCUAGCCAAGUAUAUGAGAUGAAAAACUGGAUAAUGUGUUUUGUAAGAUGUAGGUGGCAGGAAAAGAGAAUCAAUUUUCCUUCUGCUACCAAGAGUGAUCUAUAAUCAAAUGUGUUAGCCCAUUAAACCCUGUGUGUCCCUGCAGGUCCUGGUGCAAAUUUUGACACUUUUUUUCGGGUGUAAAGUAUUGUGUCCUAUACUUCAGCAAUGUACUGGCCUUUGUUUCUGACAAGGGCAGAGGGAAAAAAAGCAAUUUGCAAAUGAUCUCUGAAGAAAAUCCCAUAUUUUAAAUACAUAGCUUGCUGAUGAAACUCCCCAAACUAAAGAAAUCGAUCACUCUGAUGUUCUCACACCAGUCAGAAGGAAUGACAAGAAGAUGGUUUCCACUUGGAACUAAAACUAGUCUCCCACUUCUAACUUUCUCCAGGCCUUGUGCUCCAGUAAUUGUUUCAGGAAGUCCAGAUGUAAGGAAAUAAGUCUGGAAAGAAAUGUGCACUAAGAGGUAUCUCUUCCUGAAAAUACUUGUAAUGUCUAGAAACAGAACAGAUGCUACUUGAAUAAGUAAUAUAGACAAGGUUAUGCUGCUUGAAUAGAUGAUAUUACUGUGUGUGGUAAUUUUUUAGGUUCAAAGCUUAAGGAGGCUCCUUCUUUACCUUUAUUUAAAU